CUGGGUUGCGCAGUAAUAUAGCGGGUGUGUGAGAAGGAGCCGGGCGGGCAGGCUGGUCGUUCCCCUCCCCCUUUCCCGAGACGGUGGCGGCUCCAAAGAGGCGGUGGCGGCGGCGGUUAUAGCAGGAGCAGACGCGGGAGGGGAUGGUGCGUCUCGCGGAGGGGGUGGCCUUUGCCGCCGCCGCCGUCCUACCGGCUGCUGUUUUCCCUCUGUCCUUGCCGUGGGUGUGAAGAGGACACCCGAGACCCGACAGAUAUGAGGUAUCUAUUAGCCAGUUAAAGGUUAUUGAACCAUGGCUCAGUUUCCAACACCUUUUGGGGGCAACCUGGACAUCUGGGCCAUCACUGUGGAAGAGAGAGCUAAGCACGAUCAGCAGUUUCACAGUUUGAAACCAAUAUCUGGAUUUAUCACUGGUGAUCAAGCCAGGAACUUUUUUUUUCAAUCUGGUUUACCUCAACCAGUUUUAGCACAGAUAUGGGCUCUGGCAGAUAUGAACAAUGAUGGGAGAAUGGACCAGCUGGAGUUUUCUAUAGCUAUGAAACUUAUCAAACUAAAACUACAAGGUUAUCAGCUCCCUUCUGCAUUGCCUUCUGUUAUGAAGCAGCCUCCCAUUGCCAUUUCAAGUGCACCAGGAUUUGGUAUAGGUGGUAUUCCCAGUAUACCACCUCUUACAGCCGUUGCUCCAGUGCCAAUGGCAUCCAUUCCAGUAGUGGGAAUGUCUCCACCUCUAGUAUCUUCUGUUCCUACAGCAGCUGUGCCUCCCCUCGCCAAUGGAGCACCAGCUGUUAUCCAACCUCUGCCUGCUUUCGGUCAUCCUGCUACAUUGCCAAAGAGUUCUUCCUUCAGUAGAUCUGGUGCAGGGUCCCAGUUAAAUGCAAAACUGCAAAAGGCACAAUCAUUUGAUGUGGCUGGUGCAUCCCCAGCAGCAGAAUGGGCUGUUCCUCAAUCAUCAAGACUGAAAUAUAGGCAGCUAUUCAACAGUCAUGAUAAAACAAUGAGUGGACACUUAACAGGUCCACAAGCAAGAACUAUCCUUAUGCAAUCAAGCUUACCACAAACUCAGUUGGCUACAAUAUGGAAUCUUUCAGACAUUGACCAGGAUGGAAAACUAACAGCGGAAGAAUUUAUUUUGGCUAUGCACUUAAUUGAUAUGGCUAUGUCAGGACAGCCAUUGCCACCCGUGUUGUCUCCGGAUUAUAUUCCUCCUUCAUUUAGAAGAGUUCGCUCUGGCAGUGGCAUAUUGGUCACAAGCACAGUAUCUGUAGACCAAAGGUUACCAGAAGAACCAGUAUUAGAAGAAGAACAGCAGCAACUGGAAAAGAAAUUGCCAGUUACAUUUGAAGAUAAAAAACGUGAAAACUUUGAACGUGGCAACCUAGAACUUGAAAAGCGAAGGCAAGCCCUUUUGGAGCAGCAAAGAAAAGAGCAAGAGCGCCUUGCACAAUUAGAGAGGGCAGAGCAGGAGAGGAAAGAGCGCGAACGGCAGGAGCAGGAACGGAAAAGGCAGCUGGAGUUAGAAAAGCAGUUAGAGAAACAGAGAGAGUUGGAACGCCAGAGGGAAGAGGAAAGGAGAAAAGAAAUAGAAAGGCGUGAGGCUGCAAAAAGGGAACUGGAGAGGCAAAGACAACUUGAGUGGGAACGGAAUCGUCGGCAAGAACUCCUGAAUCAAAGAAACAAAGAACAAGAGGAUAUAGUUGUACUGAAAGCCAAGAAAAAAACUUUGGAAUUUGAACUGGAAGCUCUAAAUGAUAAAAAGCAUCAGCUGGAGGGCAAACUUCAGGAUAUCAGAUGCAGAUUGGCUACCCAAAGACAAGAAAUUGAGAGCACAAACAAAUCUAGAGAGCUAAGAAUUGCAGAAAUUACACAUUUACAACAGCAGUUACAAGAGUCUCAGCAGAUGCUUGGAAGGCUGAUUCCAGAAAAGCAGUUACUCAAUGAUCAGCUAAAACAGGUUCAACAAAACAGCUUGCACAGAGAUUCACUUCUCACUGUCAAAAGAGCCUUAGAGGCAAAGGAGUUAGCACGCCAGCAGCUUUGUGACCAGCUGGAUGAAGUAGAAAAAGAAACCAGAUCAAAACUUCAAGAGAUAGAUAUUUUCAAUAAUCAACUAAAGGAGCUGAGGGAGAUACAUAACAAGCAGCAGCUGCAGAAGCAAAAAAACAUUGAAGCCGACAAAUUAAAACAGAAAGAGCAAGAGAGAAAGACAGAGCUGGAAAAACAAAAAGAUACUCAGAGAAGAACCCAAGAAAGAGAAAGACAGUGGCUUGACAGAAUACAACAAGAAGAAGAGCACCCACGACCGAGAAAAAAUCAAGAAGAAGAAAAGCAAAAAUGGGAGGAGUUAAGCAAAAAGAGAGAGAAUGAUGAUAAGAACAAACAAGAAGUGCAGGAAAAAUUGAAUAAACUUUUUCAUCAGCAUAAAGAUCCAGCCAAACCAGUUAUCCAAGCUCCCUGGUCAACUGCAGAAAAGGCGCCACUAACUAUUUCUGCUCCAGAAGAUAUAAAAAUAGUAUAUUAUCGAGCACUGUAUCCUUUUGAAUCCCGAAGCCAUGAUGAAAUCACUAUCCAGCCAGGAGAUAUCGUCAUGGUGGAUGAAAGCCAAACCGGAGAACCUGGAUGGCUUGGAGGUGAACUGAAGGGGAAAACAGGAUGGUUUCCUGCAAACUAUGCAGAGAAAAUUUCUGAAAGUGAAAUUCCAAAUUCUAUAAAGCCAGUAACUGAUGUAACCAUUGCACCUAAAGUUUCAUUGCGUGAAACUCCCACAACACCAGUAGCACCACCUGUUCCUACAGAUUCAAGCACCACAGCUAACAACUGGGCAGACUUCAGUUCAACAUGGCCAACAAAUACUAGUGAUAAACAGGAGACUGAUAACUGGGAUGCUUGGGCAGCUCAGCCUUCUCUUACUGUUCCAAGCACAGGACAGCUGAGGCAAAGAUCUGCCUUCACUCCAGCCACUGUUACUGGAUCAUCUCCUUCUCCCGUCUUGGGUCAGGGUGAAAAAGUGGAGGGACUUCAAGCACAGGCCCUAUAUCCUUGGCGAGCCAAGAAGGACAACCAUCUGAAUUUUAACAAGAAUGAUAUCAUCACUGUGUUAGAACAGCAAGACAUGUGGUGGUUUGGAGAGGUCCAAGGACAAAAGGGUUGGUUUCCUAAAUCAUACGUGAAGCUUAUUUCGGGUCCUAUAAGGAAAUCAACAAGCAUGGAUUCUGGGUCUUCAGAGAGUCCUGCUAACUUGAAGAGAACAUCACCCGUUACAAAAUCUUCAGUUUCAGGAGAAGAAUAUAUUGCCAUGUACACUUAUGAGAGCUCUGAACAAGGAGACUUAACAUUUCAACAAGGGGACUUAAUUCUUGUGACCAAGAAGGAUGGUGACUGGUGGACAGGAACAUUGGGUGAUAAAUCAGGAGUAUUUCCAUCUAACUAUGUUAGGCUGAAAGACUCAGAGGUGCCUGGAAAUGCUGGGAAAACAGGAAGCUUAGGCAAGAAACCUGAAAUUGCUCAAGUUAUUGCCUCAUAUACAGCAACAGGUCCCGAACAGCUUACGCUUGCUCCUGGUCAGCUAAUACUUAUCAGGAAGAAGAAUCCUGGUGGAUGGUGGGAAGGAGAGCUGCAGGCUCGUGGGAAAAAACGUCAGAUAGGAUGGUUUCCGGCUAACUAUGUGAAACUCUUAAGCCCUGGUACUAGUAAAACUACACCAACUGAGCCACCUAAAUCAACAGCAUUACCUUCAGUGUGCCAAGUAAUUGGUAUGUAUGACUACAUUGCACAGAAUGAUGAUGAACUAGCAUUCAACAAGGGCCAGAUCAUUAACGUCCUUAAUAAGGAAGACCCAGACUGGUGGAAAGGAGAAGUGAAUGGGCAAGUGGGUCUCUUCCCAUCCAACUAUGUGAAACUGACAACAGAUAUGGAUCCAAGCCAGCAAUGGUGUGCCGAUUUGCACCUCCUAGACAUGUUGACACCCAUGGAAAGGAAACGGCAGGGGUACAUCCAUGAACUCUUAGUAACAGAAGAGAACUAUGUGAAUGACUUACAGUUAGUAACAGAGAUCUUCCAGAAGCCACUGAUGGACUCUGAGCUGUUGACAGAAAAAGAGGUUGCUAUGAUUUUUGUAAACUGGAAGGAACUGAUUAUGUGCAAUAUUAAACUACUGAAAGCGCUGCGGGUGCGUAAGAAAAUGUCAGGCGAGAGGAUGCCUGUCAAAAUGAUAGGAGAUAUCCUGACUGCCCAGCUUCCACACAUGCAGCCUUACAUUCGCUUCUGCAGCUGUCAGCUGAACGGUGCAGCCCUCAUCCAGCAGAAAACAGAUGAAGUCCCCGAGUUCAAGGAAUUUGUUAAAAGGCUAGCUAUGGAUCCUCACUGUAAAGGGAUGCCCUUGUCAAGCUUUCUACUAAAACCUAUGCAACGUGUAACGCGAUAUCCUCUGAUAAUUAAAAAUAUAUUAGAAAAUACUCCUGAAAACCACCCUGAUCACAGCCACUUGAAGCAUGCUUUGGAAAAAGCAGAAGAAUUGUGUUCACAAGUCAAUGAAGGUGUGCGUGAGAAGGAAAACUCAGACAGACUAGAAUGGAUCCAGGCUCACGUUCAGUGUGAAGGACUAUCAGAGCAACUUGUUUUUAAUUCUGUUACGAACUGCUUGGGGCCGCGCAAAUUUCUGCACAGUGGGAAACUUUACAAAGCCAAGAGCAACAAGGAACUGUAUGGCUUUCUCUUCAAUGACUUCCUCCUGCUGACACAGAUCAUAAAGCCUCUUGGCUCAUCUGGCACAGACAAGGUGUUCAGCCCCAAGUCUAAUCUGCAGUAUAAAAUGUACAAAACGCCCAUUUUUCUAAAUGAAGUCCUGGUAAAACUGCCCACGGAUCCUUCUGGAGAUGAGCCCAUCUUCCACAUUUCUCACAUUGAUCGAGUCUACACACUUCGUGCUGAAAGUAUAAACGAAAGGACGGCUUGGGUUCAGAAAAUCAAAGCUGCUUCUGAGCUUUACAUAGAAACAGAGAAGAAGAAGAGGGAGAAGGCCUACUUAGUCCGGUCCCAAAGGGCAACAGGCAUUGGAAGGUUAAUGGUGAACAUUGUUGAAGGGAUUGAACUGAAGCCUUGCAGAUCCCACGGAAAAAGUAACCCAUACUGUGAAGUGACAAUGGGCUCUCAGUGUCAUAUUACUAAGACAAUACAGGACAGUCUCAACCCCAAAUGGAAUUCUAACUGCCAGUUCUUUAUCAAAGAUUUAGAACAGGAUGUGCUCUGCAUAACGGUGUUUGAGAGGGAUCAAUUCUCCCCAGAUGACUUCUUAGGCCGAACAGAAAUCCGUGUAGCAGACAUUAAGAAAGAUCAGGGCUCAAAGGGACCAGUUACAAAGUGUCUUCUCCUGCAUGAAGUCCCAACAGGAGAAAUAGUUGUCCGACUGGAUCUGCAGCUGUUCGAUGAACCUUAAAAAGGAGAUGCUUCCACCCCCCCUGAAAUGACUGCAAUAGGUGUCUGCAAAAUCUGUCUGUAGAGAUCCUCCGCUCUUUUCUAGGAAACAAAUACUUGACUGCCAGGUGUAAAGAGAAUUAUCAGAGCCACACACCUGUUUGUAUCUGGAUAAUCCUGGCAGGAAACUGAAUUCCAAUUUUGUGAGGAAAAUGUCAUGUUUUGUUUUGUUUUGGAUUUGUUGGUUUUAUUUUAUGUGGAACUUUUCCUGUAGUUUUCAGGAUUACUAGAAUAACAGAGUUGUAGCCUGUGCUCUGACAAGGAAGGUAACACACUGCACUUUUUCUGGUUACGGCAGCAUGCCAUGUCAACAAAAGAGGGUGUUGUUGGCAUGUCUUUGCAGACUUUCUAUAACUUUCCCCUAGAAAUGUUGUGCCUAUUGCUCCACAGAGUGGUGUGUAAACAUAAUGUGAAUAUAUUUAUAUAGAAAAUACCUAUAACAUGAAUGCAUUCUUGCCAUGUAAGAUAUUUGGAUUUCUUUUAGGAAGUUUGUGAUAAUAUUUGAAUCUGUUUUCAAAAAAUAAAAGGAAAAAAUAAGAAUAUUCCGAUUUGAAGCUUACAUGAAAGUUGCCUAGAUUCUGGAAUACUUUCAAGAGCUGAGCUGAAAAUUGCUUUUUCAAAAUAUUUGUUAGAAACAAGCAAAUGUUUUGUGGAUUAAGGACUGAAUUACUGGGCCAGGGCCCAGUAAUUUAACUCUUUUUAGUGGCCGAGACUUGAAAUGGGACCUGAUACCUGUUGCUUCCCUUGUGCAUUGGGGUGUCUGUCACCCAAAUUGAUUACUGUGGGUCAGAUCCAAUGUUAGUCUAACUUAGGUCCCAUUCAUUUCCAUGGGUCUACUUUAAGUAGACUAACACUGGAUACAACGCUGUCUCUCCACACAUCAGUGCUUCUUGCAGUUGCAAUUGGGUGUUGUAAAUGACUGUUGAUCAAAUUAGCAAAGGUUUCACAGAGUCCUGCUGUGUGUUGUACUGUACCACUGAAACAUGAUUAUUAAACUGCUGCUGAAUUGUGCAAAAGUUGGAGAAGGAACCAUCAGUGACAAGAAAACAGCUGCUCUGGCUCAGGAAAGCUAAUUUAUGCUCCAGUAAGGCAAGGUUGAGAAAGCAGUCAGAAGGGACUAACUUAUUAAAUUGUACUGUGCCUAAAUAAAAUGAAUUUGACACCAUGGUUUUGAAAUCAGGGUGGCAGCAUACUGUAGCUCAUCAAGCGUGUUAACUGCAAAUGUGGUUCAUUGCAAAUUUGUCCGUUUCAACAUAAGGUUUGCCGAGAUUUUGCAAAGCAAGUGAUCCCACUCAAAAGAAUGUGUUGAUCUGUUGGUAAUGUCAAGAUUCAUUCACACCGUGACCCACAUAGGAAAAACCUUGAUUCAGCAAAAUGCUUUGAAAUCAUUUGAACAAGUGAAGUAUGUUCUUAAGACUUUUGCUGAACUAGGCACAACAUUAACGGUAGUAUUUUGGGAGUGUGUUCAUUUCAGUACCAAGGACAUUCAUUCUCUUUGUUUUCAGUCCAUGAGUUUGCCCAACGAUCAUGCAUAAAUGGGUAUUUUUGUAACACUUUUCAGAAUGGGAGGAGUUGACUGGUUUGUUAGCAUGUCAAUGUUCUUGUGAGAUGUGUUGGCUUUGCUGUUCUUUGCAUGGUGUUUUGGUAUCAGUUUCCAUGUUUCCUGUGGAGAUGGUGUUCUCUAGCACAGCAAAUCUUUAUGAUUUCCAUUAGGAAAUUAGGGUAGCUUUAUACUUGAUAAGUAGAUAAGGUCUGGUGAUAAGUGUAAACUGUGCUUGAAAGUGUCUGUGUUUUAUUAUUUCCAAGGAGACCACUGUAUUAUUUUUAGCAAUUAUUUUUAAAAAAUUCUGUACGUUGGAGGGACAAAAAAGUUUACAUUUCAUACUUUUAAGAAUCGCUUUAUUGUUUAUUUAUUGAAGAUAGUGUAGAAUUUUGUAUCAGAAAUGACAUACUUAUGUAUUUUUUGAACAGAGAAACACACUUUAGUUAGAAACUAUCAAUUGACCAAGUUUUAGAGGAAAUUUAACUUAACAGGCAAGCAAUUGUUUACCACUGACUGGUUGAAAACACAAUUAAAAUACUUUUAAGUUUCUAUUUUUCAAUGUUGUUACAAAAAUGUUUGAAUUAAAGUAUGUAAAUAGAACUAAACCCAUGCUUUCCUUUUUCCAUAUCAGUACAUUUUAUGAAAUAUAAUGUAUAUGAAAAUAACACAUUGUUGUGGUAGAGAAAAAAAGGUACCAAACUUUUAGUGGUGGAAAAAUAUUAAAUGUCAUUGUUCUAACCUUC